GCCAUGCGGAGUGCUGGGGGACCUUUAUAAAAGGCAAGGGCUUGCGGGGACUGGGCGCGACUGACGCCACAGGAGAAGGUAGGAGUCGUCCAGCAUCUGCAAGAGCAACCAUGGCCAAGGAGUGGGGCUACGCCAGCCACAAUGGUCCUGACCACUGGCAUGAACUUUAUCCGAUUGCCAAGGGAGACAACCAGUCCCCCAUUGAGCUGCAUAGCAAAGACAUCACGCAUGACCCAUCUCUGCAGCCGUGGUCGGUGUCUUAUGACCCGGGCUCUGCCAAGACCAUUCUGAACAACGGGAAGACCUGCAGGGUCGUGUUUGAUGAUACUUACGACAGGUCAAUGCUGAGAGGCGGCCCUCUCACCGGACCCUACCGGCUCCGCCAGUUCCAUCUUCACUGGGGCUCCUCCGAUGACCAUGGCUCUGAGCACACUGUGGAUGGAGUCAAGUACGCAGCGGAGCUGCAUUUGGUCCACUGGAAUCCAAAGUAUAACACCUUUGGUGAAGCUCUGAAGCAGCCUGAUGGGAUAGCUGUGGUUGGCAUUUUCCUGAAGAUAGGACGCGAGAAAGGCGAGUUUCAGCUGCUUCUGGAUGCACUGGACAAAAUUAAGACCAAGGGCAAGGAGGCACCCUUCACACCCUUUGACCCGUCCUGCCUCUUCCCCACCUGCCGGGACUACUGGAGCUACCAUGGCUCCUUCACCACGCCGCCGUGCGAGGAGUGCAUUGUGUGGAUCCUGCUGAAGGAGCCCAUCACUGUGAGCUCCGACCAGAUGGCCAAGCUGCGGAGCAUGUACUCCAGCGCCGAGAAUGAGCCUCCGGUGCCCCUGGUGGGGAACUGGCGCCCUCCACAGCCCAUCAAGGGCAGGGUGGUGAGAGCCUCCUUCAAAUGAGGCUGCUCCCACGUGCCCUCUUCAGGAAAGGAAAGCUGCAAUGCAAACACGUGGCUCCUGGUUUCCUGCUGGUGCUCCUGACUCAGUCUACUGGGAUUCCCCACACGGAGCGAUGAACGUGAGAGACGCAGUCACCAAGAGAUGGGUCACUCUGGACAAGAUCUCCUGCGAAAGCAUGGAUUCCACAUCUGACCUUUUGUGAAAACCACCCUCCCGGUAGCAGUAGAUUUCUAGUCAUCUCAGAGAAGGAGAAACCGAUCAGGAGGAAGGAAGGAAAGAAACAGAAAAGAAAAAUGGUGAUUGGUUACAAUUUGUGAGAUCUUAAAUUUCACAGAGCUUCCAUUGAGGAAUCACGAGUUGCCUAUCUUAAUGGAAAUAAUGUGUAAUCCUGCACUUACUUAAUAGUAGACAUAUCCUGAAGAUCUUACCGAACAUCUUUCAGAAGCUAAAAUUAACAUGGACACCGAGAACCGAGAUGUUAACGCAGUGUAGCUCUUCAUUAAAGACAAAAUCAAGUCCAGCCUAUCCUUUAUUAAAAUGUUAGCUACGACUAAGAAUUCCUUAUUUUGACCAUCCAGGAAAGAGAAACACAGAAAGACCAGGUGUUCAAAAAUUUGAAUCUAGCAUUUGAGUUUCUUUUCCAUAAAGGUGGGUUACCAUUUUCCUUUACCUGAAGGAGGGCCAUUUAUUUUUACUGUAUUUUUACUAUUACUACUCCUGUCUUUGCAUGCCUACGAAGCCAAAAACUGCCUCGGAGUGCCUUCUAAUUUGAGGCAGAAUUACUGACGCCUGUCCCUCACGCAGGAGUUAACAACUCACUGCGAGUCAAAGCACCCGAGCCAAUAAAGACACGAUUGCUAACA